AUGAAUGAUUACGAUAGCAUUCGUAACGAAAAUCUCGUACUUCGAGAAGAGCUCCAAAACCUACGAGAUGAAAUGGUCAAUGAGAGAAAAACKCGUGCAAAACUCUCAGAAAGCCCUCAGGAUCUUCCAUUAGAAGGAAGAAAAAAGGUCCUAAACUUUGCAGAUUCUAUGGUCGAGAAAAAUGAACAGUUGAAAGAACGAAUAACUAGUUUCCAAGGACGCCCAUUGAGGGUCAAUGAUGGAAGUCGUUUUGGYGGGAGAGAUUUGGAMGUUUUGGGAAACAGACUUGAAUCCAUGCAUAGSGACUUAAUGGAGAGCAGUUUGAUGUCCAAGUUGAAAGGGAAACACAUGGUUAAUCAAGAAAAUGUAGACAACCUUGCAAAUAAUUUCAAGAGAGUUCUAACAGAGCUUCAAAGUCUUCGUAACAUGCUGUCACAAAAUGGAGAAGCUAUUAUUCAUAGCAAUGUAAUAUCAAGGGUUAAUCAUCCAGGUCCCAAAACAAGUGGUUUAGCAAGCAACAGUCAAAUAACAUCAUACCAUGAUGACCUGGUCUUUCUUACUGGACCUAUAACUGAGAAUGCCUUGAUUUGUACAUUACAGGAUAGACUCUGGGCUGGACAUUGUGUUACUAAACUUGGACCAGUUUUAGUUUCACUGAAUACRUUUGCCCCAAUGUCAAACCAACUGCCAAGGUUCACUACAGACAUUGCUUAUCUGGARACAUCGGUCAAACAAACUAUACGCAAAUUAAUGGAUAGAGAGAUCCCRCAAGUCUUUGUACUAAGUGGUUGCUGUGGUAGUGGGAAGACUUACACCUCGCAGAUAUUAUCAAGAUUAAUUCUUGAACAAGGUUAUGGUGGUCUAGAGUCGGACGUCUCCAAGCAUUUCUUGGCAUCAGUUACUGUAAUGCAAGCACUUGGUAGGGCUAAAACACCUGCCAACGCAGACUCUUCAAGAGUUAACAGAGUGACAGGRCCRCCAGUUGGUGAAGGAAACUAUCACAUAUUCUAUGAAAUGCUAUCAGGCAUUACUCAGGACGAAAGAGCUAAACUCCAUCUCCAAGGAUACUCAUUUUACAACCUGAACUAUAUGAAUAACUGUCCRCUGCCAAAUGAAGAUGAUGAAGAUAACUGGAAAAGAAAGUUUGAUCAAUGGCGAGUUGGUUUAAGCACACUUGGGAUUCCUUUCCCUGAUGUACUGAGAAUCCUGGCUGCUAUCCUGUUGCUAGGCAAUGUUCACUUUGUUGAAGGAGAGGGACUGGAACUUAAUGUCAAAGGAAAUAAUGAAAUCAAAGCUGUGGCAGCAUUAUUGGGUGUGUCUGGUGUGUCGUUAUACAGAGGUUUAACAACAAAAACUAAGAACCUGCGAGGACAGGUCUUUCGAUCACUCUGUGAGCCAGCUGUGGCUAAUAUAAACCGAGAUGCAUUAGCAACAGCCCUGUACUCUCGAACCAUGACUGCCAUUGCAAGACGUGUCAAUAGCUUCAAGAGACCAACYUCUUCAACAACAACCCCACAGGGGAUGGGUGAGUCAAGUCUAGUUACUGGAAUGACCAAUGGGGUGAUGACAUCACAACAAGCAGUCUCACCAGUCCUCAGUCYAGUAUGGCCAUUAAAAAAUGGUAUGCCAUUUCCACCAAAAGGAACGACAGGUCUUGUUACCGUGAUGGACAUGCUUGGGGAAGAAGACAUCUUCAAUGACUUUGAUGUUGACUAUGUUGAUAAUGCAGCUUGCAUUGAAUUAAUGACUUGUCAACGUGCAGGAMUCUUUACUUUACUAGAUGCAGAAACAACAAGGUUGUGUAUGAUGCGAGGAACCUUAUUCGCAUAA